GGAUUUUUUCCCCUCGUUCAUCCACGUCCCCUCUCUCCCCUCCUCCUGCUCUCCUCCUCCUCCUCCUCCUCCUCUCCAACAAGCCAGUCGGUCUGUCAGUGCGCUGCGAGCAUUAAGGCAGGUCGAGCCAGAGGGAUUUGGAGCUGGAGAGACGGAUGAGAUUGCGCGUGAAGCGCGUUCAGCUCUCCAAAUGACGCGCGGCAUCAGAUAAACGCCAGACUGGGGACUCGAGCUCGCAACUAAAACCCUGUUUUAGGGCUCUUCAAAUUUGUCUUCAUUUAAGUUUGCGCGUUGGCCCUCGCGUGGCUUUUUCUGGCUCUUUUGGUUUGUUUCUCUCAGUUUUUCUGCUGUUGGUUUCUUGAUCUGACUCGGAUUUAUCACCCAUUUGGAUCUCAUUUAUUUCCAUUUUUAACGAAGGUCCAGUGAAAGAUUUGCGGAUUUACAGCCUCUUUCAAAAAAAAGAAGAGAAAGGAUUGUGAUGUGCAUGAGACUGAUCCCGCAGAGCCCCGCCGCGUCUUCGUGAGGAUGGAGCUGUGGACACGAGCGGACACAUCUUUUUCCUUUUAAACGUUUUAUCCUCGAGGUUUCGUCCUCCUGUCGGCGGUGUCUCCCCAGCACACGGACCCCUGCACCGCUCGGCCAGCCUGACAUGUCGGGAGGUAGAUGCUCUUGAGAGAAAACAAGGUAAUGGGAGAGAAAUCAGGCAGAGUCGGCAAGCAGAACAAGGGAACAUUGUUCGGGAAAAGACAAUCCCGGCGCACCGACACGCAUCACAAUUAGCUCCGUGGACGCGACAGCUCGUUCUGUGGAGUUUUAUUUCAACCCGAGGAGUUGAUUUGAACAAAAAAAGACUUUUAAUGAGAUAUUAAUGGGAAAGUCAUGGGAUUGGCACUGAAAUAGUAGCGACAAUCGUAGACGCGCAAAGAAAAGGGAAGAGAACCCAUUCCUGUCGUUUUUGGACAUCCAUGCGCACGGAUCGAGCAAGUUUCUCUUGCAGGUCGAGUCGUUUUUGGCACCAUUCGCUUUCUUUUGGAUCCAUGUGGUUGUGUGCAGCACUUUGACUGUGUGUACCGUCAGCCUGACCGGCUGGAGCGCCGCGCACCCAUUGUUGCUGGAUCUCCCCGCGCAGCCCAGAGCGCGCACCGCCGCGCAUUCCUGCUGGAUGGGGCCGCACAUGCUGGCUGUCGGGGUUGAAAUGGCGUUCCGAGGCAGCGGGAGUAGGUUGUGGAUCCUGCUGGUAUUCUUACUGGAUUUACUGGGCACGACGGCCAGCAACAUGGAGCCGAUCUACUGGAAUUCCCUGAACGAGAGGUUCAGGGAUUCCAAGGGCUACGUCCUGUACCCUCAGAUCGGGGACCGGCUGGACCUCAUCUGCCCCCCUCUGGACACGGCCAGGUCCACGCCAGAGUACGAGUUCUACAAGCUGUACCUGGUGUCGUCGCGGGAGCAGGCGGACCGCUGCGAGGUCAUGGGCGCCCCCAACAUCGUGCUCACCUGCGACGAGCCCACGCGAGAGCGCCGCUUCACCAUCAAGUUCCAGGAGUUCUCGCCCAACCUCUGGGGUCACGAGUUCAAGAGCAUGCACGACUACUACAUCAUCGCUACGUCAGAUGGGACGCGUCAAGGCCUGGACAGCAUGAGGGGAGGAGUGUGUGCUACGCAGGGCAUGAAGGUGGUCCUGAAAGUGGGGCAGAGCCCGUAUGGACUCCCCCCCAAGAAGGAGUCGGCGGGACACACCACCGGGGGAAUCCCAGGGGCCACAGGAAACUCCACCCAGUCUCACGGCUCUUUCGGAAACGGCGGGAGUAACGAGAACGGGCCUCUCCAGGCCUCUAACAUCGCCGUUAUCGCUGGUGCUGCCGGAGGCUCCGCCUUCCUCCUGCUGGUCACCGCGGUGAUCUGCGUGGUGUGCUACCGGCGGCGGCACGCCAAGCACUCGGACACCCACCACCCUCCGCUGUCCCUGUCCUCCCUCACCAGCCCCAAGCGGGGGGGCGGUGGCGGCCUCACCAGCUCCAACAACAACGGCUCGGAGCCCAGCGACAUCAUCAUCCCCCUGCGGACGUCGGACUCGGCCUACUGCCCGCACUACGAGAAGGUGAGCGGGGACUACGGCCACCCCGUCUACAUCGUCCAGGAGAUGCCGCCUCAGAGCCCCGCCAACAUUUACUACAAAGUAUGAGACCGCUGCUGCUCUGGCUCACUGGACACCCCCCCCCUCAACCCUCCACCCGUGACCAACCCAAACCCUCGAUCCCAAUGAAGCCACAGCAACACUUACCGCCACAGUUUCAACCCUGAUCGCCUCAGUACGACCAGUAUUGUCCCCCGGACCCUCCACAACCCCGGCCACAGUUGUGUUUCUAGCUGAAUAAACCCCCCCCCCCCAACCCCAUUACCACACAACCGGGCUGUUAAGGAUGUCUAAAGGGUAACGUAAACGUACAUAGCCCUACUUAACGAGGCCCUCGUGAACGGACAAGAGGCACUGAGUGCCCCCACCUUGUUAACUCAAAGCUAAAAAAAAAGACGAAACAGGAAAAAAAAAACAAAGAAGGCCCCGACACUUUUCUAAGAGUUCGGACCCGGCGCUGGGACAUACCGUGUUUCGGAGAAGGAAUAAAGAAUGAAAGGAACUUCAACUAAAAAAAGGACUGACCCCACUCUGGACCGGAGAACUCUGAACCUCAGAGGCCACUCGCCCCGCCCCUCAGACCUCUCAUCAGCCAAUCAGAGACCAGUGCCUGCCCCGCCCCCUCCCGCCCUUCUGAAGCGCUAUUGGCCGGCCAGAGGCCGGUCCCCGCCACUAACUCAACCGUAGGAUCCUAGUUUGUUUGUGUUUGUUUCUCCUGAGGGAACAGGGGCCUCGGACCCGCCCGGCGGGCGACCGAGCCCAGGCCCGAUGAGGUCUGACCAAUCGGUGACACUCAGAAUCUUGUAUAUUUUAAUAAAGUGCGUGUGUGAGAGUGUGUUCAAGUUGGAUAAUAAUUAUGGCGCUGCUGCUCCACAUUAGACGUGUGUGCUUCAGCAAGUGUGUGCGCGCGCGUGUGUGUGGGGUCCAGUUUGUGUGUGUGGGUGCUUCGUAUGUGCGUGACUGUGCGUACGUGUGUUCUUUAGACUUGUCUUAAAUACCAAAACACAAAAUAGUGAGCGAAUAUCAAAAAAAAAAGUUAGAUUUUUUUAUGUCUAUCAACACUUAUAGAUUAUAUAUAUGAAUAUCCAGUAAUAAUUUCUAGAUGUUUUUUUCAGUUUUUCUAUUGUUUUAUUAUUUUUACCAGCUCUGUUACGCUACUCUUCUGUUGCUAGGCAACUUUCACUGAUAUUUUUGUUUUUCACCUAUUUUUCAAUGAGCUGAUUUCCUGCCUCCUUUGCGUUGUAUAUUAAUUUAACCCCUUGUUUGAUUUUCCUGGGGCAAACAGAAGUUGCUCCUCUUUUCUGCCCCCCCCACCCACCCUUCCUGCCCCCUAGGGUCUGCUCUGUGUAUAUUUUUAUAGCUCCUUGUACUAUGCUGUAGUUUUGAGGUCUAGACCUCUUUCGUGGAAGUGUUGAGGUAGAAACCAUCUAUGAAAGUUUUCGGGGGGGAGGAAGGGGGGAUCCUUUUCUUUUUUUUUUUUUUUUUUCUUUUCAGAAAUGCAGAAGUUUAAAAAAAAGAAGCUGGGAUGGGGGAGAUAUGGGUGAUGAUGGUCGGGGAUGGGAGGAGGAGAGAGGAUGAGUAAAGCGGCGUCCGAAUGCUGAACUUUGAAACGAGACGGAAGGAGGAAGAAGAAGCAAGGAGACGAGGAACGGCAAGACUGUGAAGCGAUUGCACACUGAAGGAGAGGAAGCUGAGGGGAGGAUGGGAGGAUGGGAGUGGCAGGAGCGAGAGAUGAAGGACGGAGGGAGGAGAAACCUCCUCCCUGAGCGGAGGAGGUGACGGACUGACAGCCGAAGUGGAUUCGGAGGAGCUGAACUCCAACCACGGAAAGGAGAGACCUCAUCACACACUCCCUCUCUCCCUCUCUCUCUCUCUCUCUCUCUCUCUCUCUCUCCCUCACACACACCCACCAGACACACAUCUACUGUGACUCCUUCACACUUUACGUUGACAUGAGACGGCACAUUUCGGAUUUGUUCCUCUCUUCUCGCAAAUUUGUGUUGAAAUGCAUCUCUGCACAGGACAUACACACACACACACACACACACACACACACACACGCCCCAGACAGUCAGCAGACCCCUCCAUCAGAAACACACCACCUAACGCAGAUUUCACACAUUUUAAUGACUGUCACAAAUGCUUUCUGAUUGCAUCCAAUGACACCCAAACAAACACGCCCACCCCCACCCAGGCCACCCGCCACACACACACGCCCGCCCCCCCUGCUCGCCCGCACACACACUCUCCGCCCCACGCUCGCCACAAACCUGAUUACUUUCUUAUGACUCUCUGUUUCUGUGAUUAACACUAACCUGAUGGACACGGAAGGGAUGAAGAGAACGAGUGUGUGCAUCCCCGUCUCCUUCACAUGCCCUCACCUUCACACACACACACACACACACACACACACACACACACACACACACACACACACACACACUAGUGCCCGGCGCCUCAGCAACACGCCGCUGUGAUCGGAGGUGCAACAUGUUCAAAUGUGCAUACUAAUAAAGCUGUUUUGUGUUGCUCAAACAUGUUUAUGGCUUAUGUGUAAACUGAGCGGCGGUCGGAGAUUUCAUGCUUUUACUUUGUCCGGAGACGCACACACACACACACACACACACACACACACACACACACACACACACACACACAUACACACACGCACAUCUGCCAAGCCGCCAGUGUUGUUGCCAUGUUUUCCUGUGUGACGCCAGUGUUAAAUCUGAACCUUUUCAACAUUUCUCAGCUGUGUUUUGUAUCGGUAUCAUAUAAUCUUUCAUGCUUACGUGUCACAUUGGUCUGAAAUGAAUUUGUUCAACACAUGAUGAUGUUCAGAUAUGGUUUUUUGUACCGCGGGAGUCGGAGGAGGUCGGAGGUUGGAUUGUACUUGACUGUAUCAACUUUGAUUUAAAAAAAAAACUAAGAAAAAAAAAAUAUGAGAGGAAAUUCUUCUUUUUUUUUUUGUACAAUUUCCAAUUUGUGUUUUUUCUGUAUCCUGUUAAGUCUGUGUCGGUUUAAACAUGCUCAGAGUACCUAAACAAAAAAAAGAAAAAAAAUCCUUCAAGCCAAAUGAAGUGUGUGUUACUCUCUCUUCAUCCAUCUCUGAAUCCACGACGACAGUGUUUGGUGGGGAGCCGGUUGGACUUCCCGGCGUAGACUCGGCCCUGUUUUCUGUCCGUUUCCGUCCGUCUCUGCAGAGGUUUCUCUUUUCAGUUUAAUUUUUCUGCCUCUCACCCGGACCGGUCCGCUCAGCCGUCGCGUUUAUAGACACGGGGAGGAAGAAAAUGAUGUUUCUAUGGUAUGGAGGGCAGAGAGGAAGGAGAAGGGGGGGGAAAAAGAAGAGAGAGAGAUAGAGAGAGCGUCAAUUGUGUGUUAGUUUCUUUGUGCUGGAAGCCGGCGGGUGGAGGCCGCGGACCGAGGCGGUCCUCGUAUGUGACGCGUUGAGGUUCUGUAUCUGGGACAUUUGUGUGUGAGAAGGGUAUUUUUGUGUCCUCUUCUCUCUCUCUCCUUCCUUACACCCCCUUGUCUCCUCAUCACGGCGACCCCUGACCCCUCUCCACCCUUCCUUUCUUUAACCCAUGCUCCUCCCCUCCAACACACCUCCCUAAAGAGAGGAGAAAAAAAAUUAGUACAUUCCUGGUUUGGAAAAAAAAAAGAAAAACAACAAAACAAAGAUUGAAUAAAAAAGAAAGAAAA